CAAGAGACAGCGACCCAUCCCCGCUGCCUGCGCUGCGGGGCGGGCGGCUCGGCACAAAGCGGGUUUGGAGGCUCGUUUUGCAGUGGCUGCACGCUGCCACCAUGGCACCGAGGCUCCUGGGAAUGGGGCCCUUCUCCCUCCUCAGCCUUGGAGUCCUGGUCCUGCUCCUGGCUCUCCCUGCUGAUGCUGGGCUCUCUCAGAAGCACGUCUCAGACGUCGUGGAUGACAGCAAGGACAACAUCACCAUUUUCACACGCAUCCUGGACAGGCUCCUGGACGGCUACGACAACCGCCUGCGGCCUGGCCUCGGAGACAGUGUAACUGAAGUCAAGACAGACAUUUACGUGACGAGUUUCGGCCCUGUCUCGGACACAGACAUGGAAUACACCAUUGAUGUCUUUUUCCGGCAGUCCUGGAGAGAUGAGAGGCUGAAGUUUGAUGGUCCCAUGAAAAUCCUUCCCCUGAACAACCUGCUGGCCAGUAAGAUCUGGACUCCUGACACCUUCUUCCACAACGGGAAGAAAUCUGUUGCCCACAACAUGACCACCCCCAACAAGCUGCUGCGCCUGGUGGACAACGGCACCCUCCUGUACACCAUGAGGCUGACCAUCCACGCCGAGUGCCCCAUGCACCUGGAGGACUUCCCCAUGGACGUGCACGCCUGCCCCCUGAAAUUUGGGAGCUAUGCCUACACAAAGACAGAGGUGAUCUACACCUGGACCCUGGGGAAGGAUAAAUCUGUGGAAGUAGCCAAGGGUGGAUCUCGCCUGAACCAGUAUGACCUGCUGGGCCACGUGGUUGGCACGGAGAUGGUUCGAUCCAGCACAGGGGAAUACGUCGUCAUGACCACGCACUUCCACCUCAAGAGGAAGAUUGGGUACUUUGUGAUCCAGACCUACCUGCCCUGCAUCAUGACUGUCAUCCUGUCCCAGGUCUCCUUCUGGCUCAACAGGGAGUCUGUCCCUGCCCGCACGGUUUUUGGUGUCACCACGGUGCUCACCAUGACCACACUAAGCAUCAGCGCCAGAAACUCCUUGCCCAAGGUGGCGUACGCGACGGCCAUGGACUGGUUCAUAGCCGUCUGUUACGCCUUCGUGUUUUCUGCGCUGAUCGAGUUCGCCACCGUCAACUACUUCACCAAGCGCAGCUGGGCCUGGGAUGGCAAGAAGGUGCUGGAGGCCCAGGAGAUGAAGAAAAAAGAGCCGGUGGCGCUGGCCAAGAAAACCAACAACACCUACAACAUCGUUGGCACCACCUACGCCCUGAACAUCUCCAAGGAGCCCGGCCUGCCCACCAUCUCCAAGAGUGCUGCUGCCACUGCCACUGCCACCAGCGUGCCCCCCAAGCUGCCCCGCCUGGAGGAGAAGCUCCCCGAGAGCAAGAAGACCUACAACAGCGUCAGCAAGGUAGACAAGAUGUCCCGCAUCGUCUUCCCCGUCCUCUUUGCCAUUUUCAACCUGGUCUACUGGGCCACCUAUGUGAACCGGGAGUCAGCUAUCAAGGGAAUGAUCCCCAAACAGUAAAACAGGUCACACAAACCUUCCAUCUGUGAGCAUCAUCCCAGCAGGAAUUCUCCAGGGCUUUCUUCUUUUCUUGUUUGGGUUAAUUAUUAUUGUUCAUUUGAUAUGAUUAUGAUUAUUAUUAUUAUUAUGUCACUCUUUUAUAAUGUAAACAAAACUGUGAUUUUAAUUUAAUCCCAUAUAUACUUUGGUUUCGUUUACUUUGAUGAUGAAAGCUAAAAUAAUAAUAAGGGAUCAUAACAAGUUGUGCCUCUAACAUCUUAAGUCUGCUGUCACCCAUCUGACCAAGUCCCCUUGUGCUGCCAUCUCUCCUCUGCCACCUCCUGUGGUCCCCAUGAUCUUCAUGCCUCUGCCAUUCCAUGCUGUCCCCAGGGGCUCCUCCUCCUCUGAGAUGGGCUGCCCUGGCAUGGGGGAUGCUCCUGGACACCUGGCUGCAGGCUGUGUCACUCACUCAGCCUGGCUCCUCUUCAGUGCCUGGCACUUCCUGCUGGGUCCUGCACAUGGGCUGUGAGUGCAGGUGAGCUGGUCACCUGUGGGGACAGGAGAGCAGCCUGGCAUGGGCCAGCUUGUGGCCCAGUGCCUGCUGGGGCAAUCCUAUCACUGCUGUGGUCCCCAGAGCCAUUGGUGGCAGCAUCUUGUAGGUAUCACAGGUCUUCUUCCUCUCUGUCUUCACCAAGCCCAGCUGGUUUUGUGUCUCCAGAAAGGUCCUGUCUGGCUGGCAUCCUGCACUCUUGGGGCAGUUUGUGUUAGCAGGAAGUGUGGUUCCCACCAGAGAAUUCAUUUUCCUCAGCAUCAGUCAGGAAGCCCAGGCAGAAGCUUUUCAAAGCCUUGGAGGAGAUGGCAGCUGUGGGGCUGCAUGCCCCCAGCAUCAGGACUGGCAACCACAGAGCCCCUGCUCAGGUGGAUGGUCUGGCACUUCCUCUUAGGACCCCAUCCACUCAUCCUUCUUAGCAGAUCCUCUGUCCCAGCCCCUUCUUCCAGCCUCCCCCUCACCUUCCCUUGGCUGCUCAGCAGCUCUCACUGGUGUCCCAGUGCCCACACCUGGAUUUAGGCAGGGAAGCUCCCUCCCCUGGGGUCUGAUGGGGAGGAGCACAGCUGGGGCAGCCCAGCUCAUGGCAAACCCCUGCUCCAGGGGAUGGGGGGUCCCCAAGGCUCUCCCUGCCCCUGGUGAGCUGGUGCAUCCCCAGCACCACAGGAAAACAGCAGAAGGGGCUCUUUGGAGGAGCAGGGUGACACUGCUGUUCCACAGAGCCACCUGAGCCAGGUGCCAUCCCACAAAGCAGCUGAGGUAAGGCCCAGUCUGAGACUGCACACUCCUGCAAGGAAAGCCCUCCAGUGCCUUGGAGAGAGGCUUUUUCUCCCUUCCUGACCACCACAGUGCACCCAAACCAGAGUUUGUCCCUUUCCCAGCAGCAGCACUAAGUGGUGACAUCCAAGCCAUCUGUCCCUGGACCCAUGGGCACACUGUGCUCCUGCAAGGAGGGACAUCCUGUGCCUGAUGAUUCCUUGGGGUAGCACAGUCCUGCUGCCACAGAGGGGUGCACCCCCCCUUCCUUGGGCCUCCCUCUGGCCCUCUGGCUGCCCCCCAGAGCUGCCCCCAGUGUGUUUUGGGCUCAUGCAGCCAAGCCAAGGCCCCAGCACCCCCAGCAACCCCUUCAGCAUUGCUUUGAGCCCCUGUGCAGGCUUAGCUUCCCCUGCCUGUGCAGAAGCAGGGCUGAGCACAAAGGACAGGAUUUUCCCCACCUGGAAUAUCCAUGGGGGUGUCAGGAUGGAGUGAGGAAGGCCAGGGCAUUCUGUCCUGCAGUGGGUGGCGCUGGUGCAUGUCCUGCCUGCCCCUUACCAACCUGAUGGCUCAACAGCAGUGCAGUCACUCCCCCUGCCCACAGCUGAGAUUUGGAGGGGAGUUUGGAGAUGUUUAGCCCAGUCCCAGAGUGUUGAGCACACAAGCACAUCCACCUGGCUGGCAGCAUUGGGAAGGAGGAAUCAGAAAUCCCGCCCCUGCCCAACCUGCUGCUAAGGAAACCAGCUCUGUCCACAUCCUCUCUCACAGCACCUGCACCCCAAACCAUGUCAUUUCUACAGUGCCUUUCACCCCCAGGGGCUCCCUGCUGGCUGGGAGGACCCAGAGCUCUCCCACUCUGCCUGCAGCAUCAGGAUGGAGGAGCAGAGGGGAGGGUGCAGCAUCCCCAGCCCUUCUGCUGGACAGGGAGGACAUCCUGGCUUCUUUGGCACCUGGUUCUGCCUGCUGGGCCUCCUGCUGCUGCUGCAGCCACCCCACUGUGACACCCCAGCUGCCCCAUCCCUGCCUGGACGUGUCCCCAAGCCCCAAGGCACCCCCCACACUCCCCCCAGCAGUGAGUUCCCUUCCUGCCACCCUUCUGCUCCCUGGGCUCUGCGCUGGGAAGGGCUACAGCUGUCUGGUUGGGAAACAUUUCCUUAAAUAAGCUAGAUGAAGAGUGUCUCAUAAAGCAUUCAUGUCACUAUAACACUCAGGCCUAAGUGAAUGGAACAGAAACCCCACAACAAGCAAAGCCAACACAAUAAAAUGGUCACAAAGAGUUGUUGUGUUUACUAAUGGAAUUACAGCAAGUUUAAAUGCUGCAUCCAAUGACUUAGCUGUCUUGGCUGGCCCUGCUGCAGAGGGGGUUUCAGCUGCUGACUGGGAAUGCCCCAAAAUCCUUUUUACCCCAGGAGCCACAUUGCUGUCUGUCAGUGCCUGCUUUGUAGAGCUCUCCAUAAAUUGUCACAGAAUCAUAGCAUUAAUUAGGUUGGAAAAGACCUUUAGGAUCAUCUAGUCCAACCAAUGACCUAACACCUCCUCAUCAACUAAACCAUGGCACUGAGUGCCACCUCCAGGCUUUUAUUAACUGUCCAGGGAUGGUGGCUCCACCUCGUCCCUGGGCAGAUGAUUCCAGCACCAAAGCACUCUUUCAGUGAAGAAUUUCUUUUCUAACAUCCAACCUAAGCUUCCCCUGAUGCAGCUGGAGGCUGUGUGCCCUGGGUCUGUCAGUUCCUGGAGACACAGCCCAGCCCCAGCUGAGCACAGGCACCUUUCAGGAGCUGUGAGAGUGAUGGGGGCACCCCUGAGUCUCCUUUUCUCCAGGCUGAGCACCCCCAGCUCCCUCAGGGGUUCCUCUCAGGGUUUGUGUUCCCAGCCCCUCUCCAGCCUUGCUGUCCCCUCUGGAGACAUUCAGGAAUCUCAACAUCCUUCCCAAACUGAGGAGCCAGAACUGGGCACAUUCAGGUGUCAGCUCUUCCCAUCAGCCCCAAGCACCCUGGGGCUGCCUUUGCUGCCUGCCCAGGCCAGGUGGGCUCAGUCCUGUGGGGUGAUGCCCAAGAGAGGGGCUGGGUCUCCCUGAAGUGCUGGAGCAGCUCCUGAGCCUCCUCCCUCCCUCCCUCAUUCCCUGCAGUGAUCCAAUCCCUCUCACUGAGCUUCCAGGGUGAAUUCCUGCCUGUCCCUGCCCACAGGUGAAUCCCUGCCUGUCCCUCCCCUCCUGUCCCUGCCCAGGAGCCUGCCACUGAUGUGGCUUGCCUGUGACACCCAUCUGCUGGCUCUUCCCAAAACUGAUAAAGUUUUGGUGCCUGCUGAAGGCUGCCUUCCUGUGCCUGUGUGAGCAGCCUCGAAAGCCAAGUCUGUUCCCAACCAAAGGCUGGCAUGGGCUCUGAGUCUCUUUGCCAGCUGGAAGCAGAAAUACCAGCAUCCUUUGGUUAAAGACAACAAACCAAAGAGGAUUUCUAGUUUGGCUUCCAAGCAGGAAAGCAUUUUGGGAAGAUAGUUAUAAAUAAGUGGUUUAACAUCUCCUGCCAGCAGACAUCACAGAGAAGAUAAUGUUCUUUUUUUAUGAAACUGUCAGUGACUCAAAUUAGGACUUUUCCCUCCCAGUUAACACAAGGCUGUUGAUGGGGGCUUCUUCUAAGUGCUUUCCAGGCCAGAGCUAAUCCAGCAUCAAUUACUGCAGUUUUAGCUUGCUGUGAGAGCAUAUCAGGGUUCCAUUUUUAUGGCUGAUCUGCAUAGAAAUCCAUCUGGAUAUGACCACUGAUAAUCUAACCCCCAGUUGUGCAGAGAGUGGGCACUGUGAACCUCAAGACUCCAGUAUUUUUUUUCUUCUGGCAAUGCCCAAAUUUCCCUGACUUGAAGAGACUCUCCCAGGUAGGAAUUGGAAGUCUUUUAGGGUGCUAAAAAUGAGCUGUUGGUCUGCACUCUUGUUUUGCAGCUCCCACCACCUGGAGAACACCCAGUGCAGUCCCAGCCUGCAGCUUCAUUCCUGCUGGAAAUGUCAGAAGGACAUUUUGGCACCAGCAGCUCGCCCCUUUCCUCUUCUGAAACUGCACACAGGCAGAGAACUGAGCCUGGGGAGGCAGGGACAGCUCCCCUGGGGUCCCUCAGCAGGCAGAGACAGCAGAUGUGGUCACUGAGAGCUCCACUUUGGUGUCAGCGUGGAGAACAUCCCUGUGGGGUGACAGGAGAGGGCUGGGCAGAGGUGGUCCCUCAGUGCCACCUGUUCUCCUGAGGGUCUGAUGGAGUUACCCUCGCAGAAGUUCUUGAAAGCUCCUCAGACAUCACCCAGCACUCAGGCAGAGUUUCCCUGCUCUCCUCUGUGCACCCAGCUCAGCCUAAGCACAGCCCCCUGUCCUGAUCCCUGCAGCUGAGUGGCACUGGCAGGGUCCUGGCUGGUUUGCUGCAGGACAUCCCUGUGUGAGCAGACCCCUGGCUUGCUGCUCCCAGGCACAAGAUUGUCCCCAGCCUGUCCCUGCUGGCCCAUCCUAGGCACACCAGGUGCAUCCAUUUCUCAUCCUUGAUUUCUUCUGUCCGUGUCUUGGAUUCCUCUCAGCCAUCCCUGGGGAGGAUCCCAUCCCAUCCCACCCCAGAAGGGCUUCUCCUGCUGCAGGGCACCUCUCCCAGGAAGAGCCUCUCCUCUGCUGAGAACCUCUCUGAGACCCUUAGGAUCCUGGGGCUGCUGCCUCUGCCAGGGGUGCAGGAGAGCUCUGCAGCACACAGGGUGCCCUUCCUGCAGGUUUUCCUUGGGAAGGGCUUGGCAGGGAUGUGCUGGUGUGCCCCUCCCACGUCCUUCAUCCUGGGAGUGGUGGAGAGCUGGGAUGGGGCUGUCCCAGCACAGAGUGUCAGGCCAGCCCCCACUCCAGGCCCUCUUCUCCAAAUUUUAUCCCUCCCUGGGGCCACACUUCAGCCCACCUGAUCAAACACCGGUGUGGAUUUUGCAGCCUGAAGAGAAACAUCUCCAUGACUCCUGUUGAGGUGGGGAGGGCUCAAUCAGGGCAAAGGACACAUUGACGGAAAUGUAAAUGCUCUAUUAAUAUUCAGUAGGAAGAAAAAACACCCAAGCAACUCACCAAUCCUCUCCAUAUCAAGCUAAACUUCUUCUGAAGGUAAUUUUGGCAAGAGGCCACAGCACAGAUGAGAUUGAUGGCUUCCAGGUAUAAAUAUUUACUGUUUGACCUUGUAUUGUUCCAUCAGCCAAAGGUUUUUACAUAUUUAUAUAUUUAUAUAUAUAUAUAUAUAUAUAUAUACAUGUGUGUGUGUGUGUGUGUAUAUAUUUAUGCUCACAAACUCUUUACAUCUAAAUGUCAAACCUCUUUGUCUUUGAAAGCCAGAAUGGCCACUUUUAAUUAUUUUUCUUCCCUCUCCUUCUCUUUGCUGAAUCUUGUAGAGUGAGCUGAACCCUCUGCACUGGGCUUUGGGAGGCACAGGGAAUAAAGGGAACAAGGGAGAGGAGCCUCCCCCCAGUCUGGGGGCUCAGUGCAGGUGUGUUGCAUGCAGCAGCUCCCUGCUUUGAUAGCCUGUCAGGGUUCCAUUUUUAUGGCUGAUCUGUACAGAAAUCCAUCUGUGUCUGACCACUGAAAAUCUAACCCACAGCUCUGCAGAGAGUGGGCACUGUGAGCCUCAAGACUACAGAAUUUCUUUUCUUUUACAAGAAAAGAAAGGGUUUUUUCCUCAGUUUUCAGGAAAACUUAGUCCCCGAUGUCCCAGGUGCUCCAGCACAGCACAGCCCUUGUCCUGCCCUGCCCAUGGGGACGUUCCUGAGGUGCCUUUUGACAGCUGAGUGCUCCCAAGCAAUUGCUCCUCAGCCCAGGCACUGCCAGGGAAUGUGCAGGGGGAGUCCCCCCCCCUCAGUCUGCUCCAGGAGGGAGCACGAGACCUGCUGGGAUCCACUGCAGCUGCCCCUGGCCAGAGCAACACCUGGGCCUCUCCUGCCUAGCUCAGGGGCAUGGCUGCUGCUCCAGGGGGGAUGCAGGGAUACCUGAGGGUGUGAGCAUGGUGGGAGGUGUCAGUGGGGGCUGCUCUCCUGACCUCAGCACCAGCAGCACCCCUCACAGGUGUAGGGUGGCCUGUGGGCAGUGGGGCUGUGCUGAGCAGCCCUCCCAGAGGCACCCAGCACCAGCUCCCCCAGCAUCACCCCUGCCUCAGAGGAGCAUUCAGUGAACCUGCAGUUGCACUUGGAGCUCCUCUGUUCCCUCCUCUGCUGCUGGAGAGAGCCUGUGGCAGGCAGCAGCAAGGGCCUUGAGGUGUCCCAGCCAGGAGAAUGAAGGAUGUCACCAAUUCUUGUCCUGGGUGGGUGCCUGCCUCCCACCACAGGAAUCUCUGCUGCUUUACAGCCCUGGCUUUGGGCUGGUCCCAGCGCUGGGCCUGUCAUCCUUCACCACCAGUGGUGAUGUUGGUUUUUCCUCAUGAAGCUCUAGGACAAACAGGUUCUGGCUAUUCUGUCCUGUUCUGUCCUGUCCUGCUCCUCCCUGUCCCAUUCCCCAUCAGGACAGAUCUCUCCUGUUAAAAAAACAACUUUGAAACUUUACCAGUCCCUUCUGCCGAGAGAGGGAAGCCUGGUUUCACGUUUGCUGCACAAGCCAGGGAGCUCCCACAGCCUUUGAAUGCUCUUGGCUCUUCUCCUCAGUGCUGCUUGAAGGCCCUGUCAGCUUGAUGAGACCAUUGGCUCGUGUUGCACUGUGAGCUGCACCCUGGCUCCCCUGAAGAGUCUGUCGGUGCCUCCUGUCUUUCUGCAAGGCACCCAGCAAGUGUAACAGCAGUCACACGCCAAAUGACUUGAUUUUUGCAAGCACAGAAAGCAGGGGCAGAGCUGGGGAGCCUGAGUCUCUGCCACCCUGCCUUUGCCAGGCUGCAUGUGGAGUGCAAGGGUUCCUCCCUGCUGUCACCAGGGAGUUUCUCAGCCCCCCCAAUCCUGUCAGGUGGCCUCGAGCAUCCCUUCCUGCACCAAACUGUCCCUGUCAGCUGACCUGGGGACAGCUGCAAGCAAGUGUCCUACCUGAAGGGGAAGGCACCAGCUGCUCCUUUAGGCACAGGGGGUGGCACCAGCAGCAUGCCAGGGCAGCCCAUCCUGCAUCAGAGCACACCCAGCACCUCAGAGAGCACCUCCAUUGUCACUGCCUCGGGCCCAGCCUGUGCCCUGCACGCCCUCAGCUUUGUUUUCCAUCUUGUGAGACUUUCUUUACUCCACUAUGAGAAGGGAUCUAGCUGGCAGCAGUUUAAUGCAUGACAAUCCUGUUAUUACAGCUGUAAAUAAAUAACAUCUAGGGGGAAAAAAAGCAUUUUUAAAACUUUUUGUUGACUUUGUUUUCACUACUGAGUAGCUGGUAGCCACUUUCUUAAGGGAUUUCUCAUGGAAACUGUGACCUUUAUUCUCUCUAUUUCUCUCUCUCUUUCUUUCUGAGAUUUUUUUUCUGUGUUUCAAAUGCUUUUUGGUGCAAUGUUCAAUGCCUGUUUGUAUUUUUGAAUUGUAUUUUUCAACCUUUGCUGGAAAAAAAAGAAAAAAAGAGGCCCAUUCUAAUUGGCAGGAUUUUUAGUCCUGCCAUUUUUUUCAGCUUUUAGCUUUUUCAGUAAGUCAAAGCAACAGAAAAAUGCCUCAAAAAAUUACAGUGAAGUUCUGAGAAGAGAUUAGAAAACACCAGAAACAAGGAGUACAUGAGUAAGAUCAGCAAGCUGAGUGGAGGAGGAGGAGGACUCUUGUGACACCUACUAACCUCCUGAUGUAGCACACAAGGUGGGACUAGACCUCUUCACUGAAUUAAAUCACUCUGCUGUUCCACUCUACCCACUCUC